AUCAUUUAUGACCAAAAAAAAAAAAAAGCUGACUUUUUUAUAAGCUAGAAGUUGUGAGUACGGCUGCAUCGUCUCUACCAGUAAUUUGAGGGAUUUCAAGCUCCAGUUUUUCGAAUAUGGCGGAAGUAAGUCUUGGUAUGCUUAUAGACAUUGUGGACGAGGAGUGGAUGAGGGACACUUUGCCUGAUGAUGAUCUUCCAUUGCCUCCAGUGCUUGUUGUUAGGACUGAUGAUACUGAAGAAACCAAUCAAGAAAAUCAGCAAGCAGAUGCAGAAACUUGGCGCGAUCUUGCACUGGAUACACAGUAAUAGCCUCUAAGUACAAUGGAUGAAGCUUCUUAAAAGUCUUGUUUCUCGUUGUGUAUGAUCAAAAUCAAAAACAAAACUUUUCUAUGCUUGCUUGCUUGCUACUAUUUAUUAUGUUGGUGGGAUAAAUUUGCUUGUUAAGCAUGACGUCAGAAUUGUUCGCUGA